UGAAAAGUCGCUAAAUCUAGCGACAAAGUCGCUAAGUUGGCAACACUGCGAAACAGUAUCUCUUCCGUGGCUCGGUGUACCCUUUCAACUUUUUAAAAAAAUUAAUUAAUUAAUUAAUUUUUUUUGUCUCGAGCCUUGGUCAAAAGACUGUACGACAUUCACGUUACAUGAUUUGACUGAUUUUUACUUAGAGAGCGUGACCGCAUUAAAAAAUAAUCAUUCAUGUUUUCAUAACCGCUGGCCAACCUCAAAAACGAAACUAAAAUUAAAACAUCUUUGAGAGCAAGAAGGCCCCCUGGUGUUUCAGGGGCCCUACGCAACUUGCGUAUUCUGCAUAUAGGGAGGAUCGGCUCUGGAUUAAAGCUUGUAGCUUUCCAACGUUCACCUUAAAUUAAAUGUAGGUUGUUUACUUUCAUUAAAAAAAACUUUAAUAAUACAUAUUAAUAUAUUAACCGAUUUGUCAAAUAUAUCAACUGUUGGAAAGUGUUUUACACAAUCCUGCUCCAAAUUUUAAACUGACAACAACUUUCAGUAGCUUUUAAGAUUGGCCUGAUACCAUUAAUACAUAUCUGUAAUGUCUCUCUUUAAUUUUACUGAAUACAGUAGCUACAAGUUUAAUCUCAGAUGAACUUGACAAUGAUAAGUUUCAUAGAGACUUGUUCGUGACAUAUUGCUGUCCAUGCAUGUGCACAGAGUGCAUGGUUUUGAAAUACAUGUUAAAGUGUUUUGUUUGUGUGUAUAAUAAGCCAACAUUUAUGGUUUAAUAGUUCUUGAAUGUAUUUAUCAAAAACAACAUCACAGCCCUUAUGAGCAACUUAAAGUACAUGUAACAUCUUUUUCAGUUACACUGACUCGAGGAUUUCGAAUGCUUGUCUUUAGACGCUAUUAGGGUUCUUUGGAGAUAUCAGAGGAACUCUGGGAGGAGAUCUGUGCAAAACAUGCUCUUAUUCAAUUACACAAAAUCAGGCGUUUUGGUAUAAUUGUUCACUAUAUUCCCUUAUGAAAAUUAACCAUGGUUUUAUUAAAAGUGUAGUAACCAUGUUUUUUAGUAUUGAUUAUCAUUUGCAUAACCACAGUUGCUAUACAAACUGUGGUUAGUGUAGCAAAACCGUGGUUACUUUGUGAUCACCAUGGUUUAACUACAGUAAUGUGUUUUUUUUUUGUUUUUGUUUUUUUUUUUGUAGUAAAACCAUGGUUAAUUUUCAAUUUAAGGGUUGACUUCACUGAAUCAGAAUGUUUACUGAAUCAACGUGUUUUACUCAAUACACUAUUACUUCAUAAAACUGCUUUUUAUUUGGGGUGCCACCAUUAAAGAAAAAUAUAUUCUCUUUCUAUCAGUACAGUCAUAUCUACUUUAUAGAUGUCCUUGCUUAAUAGGAAAAUAGGGGCUAAGGCAAUUUCCAUUUAUGAUUUUUAUAAAUAUAAUACUAUACAAUGAAUAUGUUAUUGCACACUGUUUUACAAUGCACUAAAAUACACUAAGGUGCAAAUAGUGUAAAUAGCAUCUAACUACUAACACUUAGUGCAAAGAAAAAACUGCUAUUACUUAGUGCAAAUAGCUUCUGCAAUAAUAUCAAUAAGAAAAAAAGAAGCAGCAUGUAUUCUCUAUUAGUUAUCAGAGCUUUGUCGCCCUCUGGAGGCCAUUAUUGAUUUUUCAUUACAUUUUUGAGACCAAGAACCUUAAGUGGUAUUCUACUUUAGAACUUCUCAUUUAAUUCAGUGUGUUAUUUGCUGUUUCUUUCUAAUUGUUUGUGAAAUUUACUAGCAAUUUCUGAGUGAAAAUUGUUUCUAAUCUGUUUUUUUUUUUCAGUUUGCACAGUACCAAAGUAUUAACAUAUACUUUUUUUAAACAUAGAUUUUAAUGUGAGAGGACAAUUACAUAUUUAGUUUAGGUUUAAAUGGACAUUUUUUUAAUGUAUGUUUUUAAUUGUUUUCACAUAUUAGAUUGCGAUUGAACAAUAAUUGGCAGACUCCCUGUUAAAGACUACAAGGUGUGAACAUCUGGUGCAAUAAUAUGCAUCUUAAAAAAAGAAGAUAAACAAGGUUUAUGCUGUGUUGAGAGCAUUAAAAACUACUAACAUUCAACACACACACACUGAGCAGAACAUGACAAACUAAAGAUUCAACUUUCCUAUUCAACUUCUGUCAUGUUAACAAUUUAGCAUAUUUGUGAAUGUAUGCUGUUCACAGUAUUAGAAAUGUCAGAGUUUGGUUUUUGUUAAUUUUUGUGUGAUAAACUAUUUUGGUUCUGGGUUUCCACUAGAUGUUCGAUGUAAAAUCUGGCUUCUGAAGUAAAACCAGUUAAAAUAUAAUUGACAUACAACUAUAAUAGAAUAGCUCGUAGCACGCUAAAAGCUAAUUGAAUUGCAAAGUAACUACAAAAUGUGGUCAGUGCAAACUUGACUUCAACUUCCUCUUGAUGUGGCUGAAAUUCCCCGCUUGAAACUUCUAGGGUUAAGUUUACUUUCAAACAGCAGAAAUCUACACAGCAUCAUGUUGAAGUGUUUUAACAUAAUGAAGAUCGUGCAGCUUCAUCUCCGUGAGUUUAUUGUACUUUGUUAAUGUUUUCGUGUCAUAUUUGUAAACUACAUUGAUUUCUGAUGUUAAUGGUGCUGUCAUAUUUUGUUUGUGUGUGUAUGUUUUCUUUCACAGAUCUGCUCAUAUGGUGUCGAGCUGCAGAGACUUUAACAGAUCAUUUAACAGAUUUGGGUCAAAACGUGUCUAUAAACUGUGAUUUUGAUGUAACGGAGGUUAACUGGUUAUUACUGAAACUACCAGAUCCUCCAGUUAUGAUAUUACGCUCUUCCACAACUUCAGCUACUUUUCACUACAACAAAACAUCUAAACACAAAUAUUCAGUGCAAAGUAAACAUGGCCUGUUCAUAAAUAAUGUCACUGUUGAUGAUUUAGGACUUUAUUACUGUUUGACCACAGACUCUCCUCCAAAAUACAGCGACGGCACCAGAAUAUACUUCACUGAGAUCCAGAAUCAUAUAGUGGUGAAGUACACUGAACAGAAUCAGACACACUGGCAGAUUAUUACCCUCAUAUCUGCUUUCAUAAAUGCUCUUCUGAUCAUUGUGAUCAUAGGACUAGUAAAGGUGUUUGUUCUUGGAAGCAAGAGAACCAGAGACGGCUCGGAACAAUCUCAAGAUACAAACCUACAGCAGCUUCAAGUUGUGGAUCUUGAACCACCACAAGACUCAAGCCAAGAACAGUGCAUUACGGCAGACCUUUCCACACCAUGUAAAAGGUUUCAGCCGCGCCGAAUAAACAGCACAUAUGCACUUCUAGAGCUGCCAGAAUCAACAACACAUAAUAAUAUCUGACCUUUUAGUUUCAUAUCUCUCUGUAUUUGAAAAUGUAUUAAGUAUUGCAUAACUAUGCAUAUGUAAAUCUGUUUUGAUCAACAUAUUUGGCUCAGAUAUUUUUGACCCCAAGGGCUGUGCAAGGGGCUGUUUCAGUAUACUUAUCACUUAUCUAGAUAUGAUAUAGAUAGAUUAUAUGAUUUAUAAUGAUCAUAAACUGAUUUCCUAUAGCUGUGCUUAUUACUUGUCUCUCAUUACUCUGGAUUCUCUUCUACUUGCAUAAUAAACUAAUUUCAGUUCAAUAAUUA